AUGUUGUGGGCAGCCAGUUUCUGUGUGCCUCAUGGAACUAUUGCGCGUUGUCUCCAAACCUCUUCCCCCAAAGCCGCUGUUGCCCACCUUAUAACGGCCCAUGGGCCUCCCCCUCGGGCUCCUUCGCCUGCUUCUCCCUUUGAACCACGUCCUGAACUGCAACUGGAAACUACGGCCGAACACGAUGCUCUUCCAGCGAAGCCCUCCGCAAGACUCAAAAAGCGGUUUUGGAAGGAUGUUAAUGUGCGGAGAAAGUCAGAAGGCGAUUACGAAAUUCUGCUGGAAACCCGCCCAAUAAGAACGCCAUCCAAAGAGAUAUUGUCUAUACCGUCGACGAAACCUUACCUGGCGCAUGCGAUUGCUUUGGAGUGGGAUGUGAUGACUACUGCUCAGCAAGCUUUGAAAAACCACUUGAUCCCGUUAACUUCUCUUACAGCACGGGCGGUGGACAUUGCCCGAGAGGAUGCGAGGGGCACGUCGUCCGCUAGAGAGCAGAUUGUGAAAACCGCGAUGCGUUAUUUGGACACCGAUACCUUAUUAUGUUGGGUACCAGAGCCUGCCGACUCCCUUAGAGAAGUGGACAAGGAAGGCGAGAAUAUGGAAAGUCUUCGAGAGGCUCAGAUAAGGGUCGCCAAUGAUACAAUCGCCUUUCUGAGUACCAAGGUCUGGCCUGGAGUUGAUAUCCGACCCAUCCUAGAUGCCGACAGCAUCUUGCCAGUAUCACAACCACAAGUUACCAAGGAUAUAAUCCGACAAUGGGUUAUGAAUCUACACGCUUUUGACUUGGCCGCGCUUGAGAGAGGCAUACUCGCAGCGAAGAGUCUUCUUAUAGCUGUUCGAUUAGUCGCCGAAUGGAGCGAGAACUUUCGUAGCUUACAACGUCCCGGGCAGAGAAGAUUUGGUCUUGAAGAGGCAGCAGAGGCGUCCAGUCUGGAGGUCAAAUGGCAGACGGACAUGUGGGGCGAGGUGGAAGACACUCAUGAUGUGGAUAAGGAGGAUCUUCGUCGACAGCUCGGCAGUGUUAUCGUGGUGGUGAGUGGAGAGACUAGGUGAGGCUCGUCUGUAUAGCUCGUUGUUGAAAUUCCUGAAUCCUUAUGAACCGUACUCUCUCUUUCCAUAAAAAGUUAUC